UCCACAUUGCAUGUUGUUUACUUAUUAAUCCUUUUAAAUUCCGUUGUAAUUGAGUCUAAGAAAGCCGAGCAGUGUGAUGUAUCUAAUAUUCAGGUUACUACUCCCGAUGGCGUGACGCAAGAAAUUAAAAUAGGCCAUUUGAGAUCCGUAGAUCUUUGUGAAAACUGUGAAACGGACGCUUUUGGAGUCCGUGAUAAUUUUAAUCACGAUGUUGAUGAAGCUGCACGAGUGCUUCUAGCGAGAUUGCAAUUUACCCUUCCUAACUUAGAAAGUCUGUUGAAGUCUGAGCAACCGUCUUUCUUUCACGCUUAUUUAUUCAGCGAUGUAUAUCCCUCAUGCACCAGCAAUGUUGAGGAGAAACCGAAUUCAGAUUGCAGUCAAGCUUCAGAUGAUUUCAUGCAAAACGAACAGUUGUCAACCCAAGUGCAGGAGUAUGCAGACAUUUUAUGCUCAAAACAACAAAUUCCUCUAGUGACAGGUGAUGCAGAGAUUGACAAGAAAAUAGCCUAUGCAACUGCUUUACUCAAUUUGAAGUUUGUUGAUGAAGCCAUUAAGAAUUUCACAUCUAUUCUAAAGGUACACCCAAAUACAGCAAGUGCACACCAUGGGCGUGGCAUCUCGUUUGCUAGGAAAUCUUUAAAUCAGGACCGAGAGGCAGCAGUACAUGCUAUCAAUGACUUUACAAGAGCCAUUGACCUUGAGCCAAAAGCUGUAGAUAGCUAUGAGAGGAGGGCAGAGGUUCUGUCCAUGAUGGCGCAACAUUAUGAAGCAGUCGCAGAUCUAGACACAGCCAUACGCUUGAAGCCUGAUGAUAAACUUGCGAAGCUGUUCUUCCAACGAGGUCUUGAACAUCUGUUCACUGAGAACUUCACUGAGUCAGAAUUGGAUUUUCGGAGGUCACUAGCGGAAGAGGGAGAGCAGGCAUAUGUACUUUACUACCUAGGCGUUGUCCUGCAGAAACGAGGGGCAUUUCGUAAUGCCACACGUGUCUUUGACGAAGCUCUUCAGUUGAAUCCCAGCCACCUGGAGGUGCUUCUCGCACAAGGAAACUCAUACAGGGAGUUGGGAGAUGUAAAGCGGUCACUCAAGGCAUUUGACCAAGCCUACAGCCUACACCCUGACCGCUGGCCAACAGUGUUCUACCGUGGCCAAACACACUAUAGCAGUGGUCAGUUACAAUUAGCCUUACAGGACUUCAAUCGCUGCGUGGAACUGGACUCGCAGAACAUUAAGUGCGUCUACAUGAAGGGCAUCACACACAGCAUGCUUGGACAAUUCUACGAGAGUGUCAAGGCAGAAUCCAACCUCAUUGUGCAUUCCCAGUACACCACUGGCAGGCUGAGCCCUGAGUUCCUUAAAGCACACUACUUAAAAGAGACGUUUCGUUACUACCAUCGUUUGUUGGAUGAGCCACUGACAACUGUCAACCCAGACCGAGAUUUCAGUGGGGAAUUUCGGGAGAAGUGGUCGAAAACCUUGCCAUUUCAAUUCGAGGGUGCAUAUGCUGAACAGAAAGGAAUUCAGCCCCAUAUCUUAGACGUAGUGGUGCCAACAUUCGAGCAGCUUACCACACCUGAGCAGACGCUUCUUUGUCGAGCGGCUCUCAUUGGUCAGCUCGGUCAGGUGACCGCUGAUGGCUACAUGCCACAGGAGAGGUUCAACAUUGCCAUGGGCCUGGCGGCCAUUGACAUCUCACAGAGUCUACAGGGUUUGUGGAGCAGUAAAAAAAGUUUAAAAAUUGGAGAUAAACGGGUGACAUGGCGGGACAUAUUCAACAUAGCUGUGAGCUAUCGACGGUUAGCUCAGAUGGAAGAUCCCGUUUUCUGGUUGGAUCAAUUUCCAGAGAAGAGUUUCAACACUGGAUUUAACUUCAAUUUGGUUUUUAUAAACGUGUUUGACGUGCACAUUCGUGUGUCGUUGUCGUUCAUCAGGAGUCAGCGCAUCGUGUUCAGCAUCAGCACGGUGACGACGCGCAUGCGCACGAUCGCCUACCACGCCGAGCUCGACUACAUCUUCUUACGCCUUAGCGACGACAUACGCAAGACGGGAGUCCACAAGAUCAGCGAUGCAGAUGGACUGUCACACCUCAUACUCUCUCUGGUCUACUAUUUCUACAAUCUCAUGCCAUUGACUAAAGGCUCGAGUGCCAUAGCGUACUCUGUUGCGUUGGGCUUGUUUAUGUCAAUCGGAAGAGAAGUCACCAGCAGGAUUCCACCUGGCAAGCUAAUGCAAUUCGAAGCAAUGCUCUCAGGAGGGCAGGAUUCCUUCAUCAUGGUCACCAAACUGUGGAUGAAAAUCAAAAAGAGUCAGAGCUUGUCUUCACUGCCACUAGUGCGAGAGCAUCUACCCACGACAAGGAAAGUGCUAGAGAUUCUAAACGUUGGUGCUGCACAGUGCCCAGGCCACUGAGACGGUGCCAUUGUUACGAACCUACCGUAGUGGUCAGUGCAUAGAGUUUAGGAAUGAUACGCUGGGGUCGGGGGAGGUCGUGGAACAGAGUUGUUGCUUAUGGAUGCAAGUGUAGUUCACACACACACCCAUCGAUGUACCCACGAGCUGGUAGCAUGCAAAGCAAAAAUAUCUGUUUACACUUUAGUGCAAUCCAGAUUAAUAUUUUAUUUUUAAGAUUUCGUGCAUGGUGAUGACAAAGUUGUGCAUCACGUAGACAUGCAAUGAUUUCAUUGCUAUAAUCACAAUACUCCUGCCUUUUCCUCCAUGCCAGCUCUGAUGUCAAGGAUGGAAAAUUAACUAAAAUCAGAUCAAAUGUGAUACAUCACUCUUCUGUCAUUGCAUGAGCUAUUGGACCGGUAACGUAAAUUUACGCAUUGACAUGAUAUCAAAUAAAGGAAGCCUUCUACCUAAAGUCUGCGGGAACGUACAACUGCAACUCGUAGCGAUUCUGGUCGCUUGCAACGAGUUGCAAGAAAUCAAACGGGUUUGAUUUUCCACAACUCGUCGCUCGCAAUCGCUUCGAAAUCGCAUGUGUACGGGUAAUAGAAGUCAUGGAAAGACAAUGGAAAGACAAAAAGACAAUGGAAAGAAGUGACUGCUGUUAACAGCAGUCGCUUGCA